AUGUAUCAAGCCGCUGCAGACUCAUUGGUGGCGCGGCUGGGUAUCACAUAUGAGAAAGUAUCCGAGUUGCAGGAAGAGGCCAACGUGGGUAUCCAUGAUUUAGGAGGGAGCCGUCCUCCCGACGUCCACCCCGGUCGACCUCCCAAAGAAACGAGAGAUGCUGUCGCUCGCUACAAGGAGUGGCUCAAGGAAGAUAAAUCGUUCGAACCCAUGCCAUUGCCUCAAAGCGAAGCACCUCGCGAGAUCCUCGUCUUAAACCAACUGGGUCUGCGCCACAGCAUAGAGAAAGAGCAGAACAUGGGUUACAGCAAAAUGGUGCCCGCAUACAUGAUCUUCGCAGGUUUUCAGAGACCAUUUAGUGCCUCACCUCUCAGCCAACUUCGGCGCAAUGCUCGUGCGAAAGACACAUACUGUAACGCAUUUCAAUCUUUGCCCCGGACACAACAGUUGAUGACUGACUCUAGGGCGAUGCGCAUCUGUACGAUAGAAACGAUCGUAGAAGAUCCUGAUGGCGACGCCCGUGGGCUGUGGUUAUACCACUUCCCCACCACGUACGACUGCAAGCAGGAGUACCUGGACGCGCUCUUCCCCAUGGGAACAAUCCUGGCGAUUCGCGAGCCCACUCUCAACGCACCUGCACAAGGAAGAUGCUCGACAAUUGGCAUCGACUCACCAUCAGACAUCAUACUGAUCGACCGGUUUAACGACAUUCUCAAAGACAUUACAUGGAGUUCCGGAAUGGGGUGGAAGAAUGUGGGCAACGAGCACUUCAAGGCUGAGCGGUGGCUCCCGGCUGCCAUUGCAUACAGUCACGGGCUACGAGCGGACCCCGAGGCGGCCGACCUUCGCUGCAACCGUGUAGAAGCGUACUUGCGCCUCGAGUGGUAUUCCGGGGCGUCCGCCGACGCCCGACGCGUGCAGGCGACGCCGGGCGUUCCUGCUGCUCUCCGCGACAAAGCUGUUCUUCGCGAAGCGAAGGCUGAAUACGGACGCGGCCACUACGACGCUGCCAAGGCCCAGUUCGAGGAGUACAAGCUCACGCAUCCAAAAGAUGUGGAAAUCGCAGAUUGGGUCGCCCGCUGUCGGAAACGCCAGGCUGAACGCGAUACCGGGAAGUAUGAUUGGGCCUACUUGUUCCGGCACGCGCAGCGUGACCCGCGUCUUGACGUUGCCGCGUUCAAGGGUUCGAUACAGGUGCAGCCCAUGACGCACCGUGGCGGAGGCCGGGGGAUCGCCGCGACACGGGACAUCAAAGUGGGCGAGCUACUCCUCGUCAGCAAGCCGUUCGCAUCGGUUUUCGAGCAGGACUUCAACACACAAGAGGUACUUCAACACGCAGACGUGCGCUCCGGCAUAGAGCUCUCGCGAGAACAGAGCGCGCUGGGGUCGAAAGUAAUUCAUAAGCUCUACGGAAAUCCCGAGCUGCACAAUAUCGUCUUCGAUCUGUUCGCCAGCCAUGAGUACCCGGAUCCACCCCUCGCGUACCCUCCGCCGGUCUCUACAGACCCGGUGUUCGUGGACGCCCUCGUGCCUGCACUCGACAUCGACCUGCCGCGCCUGGAAGCCAUCCUCAUUCUCAAUGACUUCUCCAUCACACAGCUCGGCCCCCAGUACCUGCCGGCCCAGCAGCCAUCGAAGCGCGGCUCUCCGCUAGGCCUCUAUCCCAUGGCGGCGAUGUUUAACCACGCCUGCCUGGCCAACGCAGUGUGGCACACCAUCGGGGACGUUAUGAUCGUCCGCGCGGUCAUGCAAAUCGCUGCAGGCGAAGAGAUCACCAUACCCUAUGUUGGGGGCUCUCAAAAGGCCCGGCACGAGAUACUCACACGGAUCAUGACAGAAGAGUGCCGCUGCGAGCUGUGUGAGGACGAGCGCGGCGAGGACCCGGAGCAGAAGCAGGCCAGAGCGCGGCUCAUGGAGUGUAUUGGGGGCGAAUGGGGUCGUGCGUAUGACAUGCCGGUCCCGCAACUGCGCAGGUGGACGGACGAACUGGCGGCGACCUUCGCACCGUCGUGCGGGUGGGUCCGUCGGGAUUUGGGGCUGGCAUACGAGACGUUGGGUGAAGUUUUGAAGUCCAAGAAGACGCCUGCGCUGGUCAAGGAAGCGGGCGAAUGUUUUAUGAAGGCGCUCGAGUGCUAUGGGUUCGUGUUGCUUGACAAGAAGGCAACCGCCGUGCAGUCGGCGAAGGCGGCGGCGACCCUGCCCAUUGAAAUAGCCAUUAUACCUACAACGAUAGCGUCGACGUUGGGCUCCCGUGACAGCGCGGAUGCGAAGAGGUGGUUGAUGGCAGCAUUGUGGAUUACGAACAGGAUGCUCGGAGGAGGCAAGUCUCUCUUCAUACAGAUGUUUGAGCCCGUACUAGAUGCCCUCAAGCUGAAGAAGUUGGCGGAGAAGUCGUUGUAG